AUGGAAAUAAGAGGAGAUAAGAAGACAAAACAGAUCCAAGCAGUAACAAGGCAAGAAGAAGCAUCACUUGGCGGCUAUUGGAUUCCGUUCGAUCUGACGAGGGAGAUACUUGUGAGUCUGCCCUCAAAAUCUUUGAUGAGGUUUCGAUGCGUCUCAAAGCAAUGGGCGUCUAUCACCUCCGAUCCAGACUUCAUCUACUCUUUCACGAAACAGUCGACAUCAUCGUCAUCAACUACUUGUCUUAGCAUGCUAAACUUCCAAAAACAUGACAAACUAUUGUUCUUGUCUUUUCGGGCGCAACAAAAGAAUGAUCAUAAUCUCUUUUCAGAAACUCACGUGGAAAAAUAUCGGCUCACUCUUCAGAAAAGAGAUAGAUACGCACCUAAUUUUCAGUUUCAGUCCGUCCAUGGUUUGAUCUCUUUCCAUUACUUUGACCAUGUUGUACUUUGGAAUCCUACCAUUAGACAAUACGUUACCUUUCACAAACCAGGGAAUCCGGAGCUAGGUAUACAAGUGUUAACAAAAAGCUAUUUAGGAUACGAUCCUAUUGGAAAUACGUAUAAACUACUGAGCAUGACAUAUGGCAGCAUUGAUGCUGAUCCUCGUGUUCUGACAUUGGGAGCUGGUGAAUCAUGGAGACAUGUCAAAGAUUAUCCUAACCGUUUUUUGUCAUCUAAAGGGUUAUGCAUCAAUGGCAUCUUGUUUAUUAUUGUAAAGAAUUAUGAGAUUCAUAGGAAAGAAAUUAUGAGUUUUGAUGUGAGGACUGAACAGUUCAAGAUUAUCCAAACCCACACUUGUAUGCGGUGCCCGUGCAUUGAAGUGGAGACUAACCCUUCACUAGUUAGCUACAAGGGAAAACUUGCUUGGCUUAUCUCAGAAUCAGCGUUUUACAAAUUAUGGAUUCUUGAAGAUACUGAAAAAGAAGAAUGGUCGUGCCAAGAUUUUCAUAUACCAUCUCCUCUUGAAGUUCCUAGUACUGUGAAAGGCAAUUACUUUUUAAGUGACGUCACAGAGGAUGGUGAAUUUAUUUAUGUUUCGGUGUCAUGGCAAGACAAAGAGAUUUAUGUGUCCUACUACGAUCCCAAGAGAAAAACUAACAGGAGGAUCAAAAUUAUUGAAGAUUUUGAUGAUGAUUUUUGGCUCCGUAAGGGAUCAGCAUGUCCUCACGAAUGGGAAUUCCUUGGAACUUUUCCGAAUCACAUUGAGAAUCUCUUGCCUGUAAACAAAAUUACUUGCUCACCUUCUCUGUGA